AUGACAAUCUCACAUAGGACACGUGCUCGGCCUUCUAACAGUUUAGUUCAUAUUGAGGACAGGGUUUCCAGUCACAAUGACAUUGAUGAUCCAAUGAGGCAUUGGACUGAUGUAAAGGGUAGGACUCCUGCAAGUGUUUUGACCGUUCUACUGAAGAGAAAGCAUCCUGGUUUGAUUGAAUAUGGAGGCAAGAUUGUGGUGGCAUCGACAUGGAAACAUUACCAGGCAGCAACGGACACAGCUGGGAAAUCCGCAGCUGAUGUGAAAAGAUUUAGAUUCAAUCCAGCUAAAGAAAAUGAGUCCAGAAAACAUGUUGGUUCUUCCUGCUCACAACUCCUAUAUAGCAUCAUGUAUUAUGCAAGAAUUACUGCUCCAAUGGAUAAUUUUCGGAUAGUAGAAAAAAGAAGAAUUUGUGACAAGAUUGCUGGAAAGUUCUAUUUGACACGGGAGGAGUACAUUGCCCAACGCCCUGAAUGGAUGCUAGAAAGAUGCUGGGAGGCUUUAGCCACGGAAUGGAGUAGCCCUGAAUUCAAGCAAAGAUCUAAGACAAAUCUUGCAAAUCGCUAUAGCCAGAAAUUUAAACCUCACAAAGGUGGAUCAAACUCUAUUGCAACAAUACGCCAAAAGUUGUCUAAGAAAUUAGGAAGAGAAGUGUUUGAUAUUGAGGCAUGGAUCCAUUCCCAUAGGGGUUCCAAUCCUGAAGAUAUUAGUUCAUUGAACACCGAAGAAGCCUCUUCAUGCUUGGAGAAAUACAAACUUAAGGCUAUUGAGUUGAAUGGACCUGAUUUUGAUUGGCUGCACUCUCCAGUGGAUGCUAGAGCUCUUUACCGAUGCUCUUGUGGUCGUCCACAUGGUAAAUGGGCGAUGUUCAAUGGGGUCAUAAAUGACAACGAGGCCCUACCUGAGUUGAGGAGCACCCAUGCUAAUGCAGCAGCAGCUAGGCGUCAACGUCAAGAGGAAGAGGAACGCUUAAGGAAGGAAGCUCAUGAUGGUCGUGCAACGAAGGAAUAUGCCCAAAGUAUGUUCGAGUGGGGUGCAACGCAAGUUACUUCCCACACCGGAAUGCCUGCCACUGCAGUUCCUUCUCCCCCAGCUCCUCCUCCACCGCCUCCAGCAUAUGUGGCUUCAUUAAGUCCAAAUCCCCCUCUUGACAAUGUUGGUGCAUCAUCUGUUGGAAUGGAAACUCCGGAGGAAACGUUGAGUAGGAUCGCUUACGGAGGCUAUCGUUGUCAUGUGAAUGCCACAAGUGGUGGGGCAAAGCUGCUCGCUGCCUACAGCUACCAGGUUGCAAUGUGCACCUGUGUUGUAGUUCAGUUUGGUCAUUUUGAUGACACAAGUGGUGUUUGUGUUACUGCCUCUAAUGAGAUAUUGCAACUUAAAUCAAUAUGGAUUGAUGAAUGUUAA